GCCAAUCUCGUGCUCCUCUAUCGUCAGGGACAGAUCAAGUAGCCCCAUCCUCUCAGGAAAACAUGAAGUCUGUUAUCGCUUUCUCGGCCGUGCUGGCCAGCGCUUCGGCGUUCGUGCCGUCGGCAUCCUUCGUUGGGUCCCCGGUCAGCUCCGUAACGCGACCGGCGUCCUCCACGGCCGUCUCGAUGGCCGCGUCGGACAUGGUCGGCGCAAGCGCGCCGCUGGGCUUCUUCGACCCCAUGGGCUUCUCCAAGGGGCCGGCGGAGCGCCUGAACGCGUACCGCGAGGCGGAGCUCAAGCACGGCCGCACGGCCAUGCUCGCGGUCGUCGGCUUCCUUACGCAGGAGAACUGGCACCCUCUGUACAACGGUGGUCUUUCGUCUAACCCCGUGAAGGCCAUCACCGAGGUGCCGCCGGAGGGCCUCUUCCAGAUCGUGAUGUUCAUCGGGUUCCUGGAGUACGUCAUCUCUCAGAUAGUGGCCAAGCCCGGCUACAUCCCGGGGGACUACGUGGGAGCUAACGACCUGUUCAGCGAGGAGGGACCCCACUCCCAGUGGGAGACCUACCAGCUCAAGGAGCUCCACAACGGGCGUGCGGCGAUGAUGGGCAUCACCGGCCUCGUGACCCACAACUUCCUCACUGGCGGCAUGCCCGCAUUCGAACAGAUCUCGCGCGGAGUAUACAGCGGCGGCAUCCACUAAUCACACGAUAGCUGCAAACACAGUUUUUCGAAGUCGUUUUGGGAUCGUGCGUUGGGGGUGGUGAUGCCUCUCUCCGCCGGCGUGUGUAUUGACGACGAGUACGCGUGCUUUCAUGAGCGGGGGACGAUGUGCCGUAGUUUUCCUGAAACGAGCGUCUUGGAUUUCUAGAACAUUUGGACAAGAUAGAAACAAAUAGGUCAAGAAAACGUUUUGUUUUUUUUUCCAGCCUCUGCGGGCGGUUUCCGUCUUUGCCCUUUUUGAUUGUAUUUUUUUGUUGUCGUUCUGAUCUCCGUUUUCUUUUUUUUUGCCUGCCCACGGGGAAUAGCGGAUUGAAGGAGAACAGAGUGUCGCGUCUCUCGAUAAAGAUCAUGUCAGUCUCUCUAGUGAUUUACGGCGUCGGCACGGCGUUUCUGUCGCGGGAGUUGAUGUGCAAAUAAUGGCAUGUUAGAGGAGGGGUGACAUGGUGUUGGUCCGCGUGUUUUGUGCUUGCACUCUUUUGGGAGUUGUUUAGGGUCGCAACAAGCCUACAUUAAAAUGAGCCGACGCUGCUACCCACAUGUUUCUUCUACCCAUCUCCGAAUUCUUGGUUGGUUUACGGUUCGUUGAGCCUAGAACGGCCACUCUCCACACGCACGUGCUGUGAUGGCAAAUACUCUUAGCGCACCGACUGGCACUUGUGUGGACGAUGAUGCACGCUGUCUUGACGUGUUGCGUUUUUUUUUUGCUGUCCUUGAUUGGGCCUUUCGGUCUACCAUGUGUCGGACCGCAACCGAAGGAAAGUCGAGCGCCUGCACACCGCGUUUUGAUGAUCGUAUCGCGCAGCGUCAGCCACAUUCGCUACACUUGGCUUCGUUUCCAACGAAAACACUGGGCGCUCCAAACGAGGAGGGGUGUCACGGCUACACAUUGCCAUAGGGCGGUGUUGCAACAACCAAAGUUCGGAACAGA